GGCUUGAUGCUACAACGUCUAUCCUUGUCUAAUAGACGCACCCCAUAUAUAGUCUUUUCCAUCAUCUAUAACACUCUUUGCUUGCACAAGUCUCAUAGCUUCUGCAAAGCUUCAAUGACCUCCGCCGUCGACGCCGUGCCGCCAAAAUAUCGCAAGGCGUGCAAAGCAGCCAAAUGAUCCGCCUCAUUAAACGUCCCAGUCGCAUCACCAACAGUCGUAACCCCAAAAUCCAUCUGAUACCCCUCCCUCGCCGUCGACUCCACACAAACAUCCGUCCCCACCCCCACCAAAACCAAAUGAUCGACCCCCCUCUCCCUCAGCACACUUUCCAGCCCCGUCCGAAAGAACCCCGAAUUCCUCGUCUUGUCAACAACAUUCUCGUCAGGUUCGGGUUUCAGUUCAUCGAGAAUAUCAGCGUCCCAAGACCCUCGGAUUAGACCUUGAAGUCGUUCUAUACUGUACCCUCUGUCGCAGGCGCGGCGGUCAGAGUAGUCGGCGUUGUAGCCUGUCCGGAGGAAGAAGACCGGGAAUUUGGCGGUGCGGAAGGCGAGGCGGAGGGAGUUGAUGGGUGGGAUGAUGGCUGUUGGUGGGCUUUGCAUGGCUAAUUUUGAGAAGCUGCCUUGGUUGUGGCAAAAGGCGUUUUGCAUAUCGAUUAUCAGAAGUGCUGGAGUGGAAUCGAGUUGGACCAUUUUAUAUUAGGAAAUGGCUGCUUUGAUUUAUGUCUAUUGUGGUUUCCGGUUCGGUGUUGAGGGCUCUUGCAAGAGGAAGGAAGUUGAAACUCGGAUUUGAAUCUGCUUGGUAGGUAUGGAGAACGUGAAGGAGCUGAAUAGAAUAUAACCACCUCAUAUUCUUCUUGUUUGGACUUGACUUGGGCAUUGUUGCCUAGAUUACCUAAUUGGGCUAGCUCAGAUAGAGGUGACGAGGGUGUGUAAUAAACCGAAAUUUGAACCUACCUAGCUAGCUGCAUAAAUAAUUCGAUACAAAUGCAAUACCACUACUUCAUACCUAUUGCGAUAGGAGUUCCUGUGGCAUCAACACCAUUUUCCUUACUAGCGUCGAACAGCUCACCAAGCCUGGCCUAAUGUCAUACACAUGAUCGGAGCGGGAUGUGGCUACCUAGGUAGGAUGAGAGACAGAACAUCUGCUACUCUUCCCCAAAACUUAAAAUUCAUCUACAGAUCCAUACUUACCAAACCAUCCUCAAUACCCAAAUCAGUCCCAGUCCAUCCCAUCCUAAUCCCUUCGCUAACCCAAAACAAGGCUUUGCACCCACCCAAUCCGCGCCCUUCCUCUCUCGCUAAACUUCCGGCCCAACCAAUGCCCUGACCAAUCAUCAUUUGAGUAAGUGUUAUUCAGCACAUUGCAGCAUCUUUGUCAUCUACCUGGUUGGGCAAUUGAGUGAUUGAAAACGCUUGGUCAACAACCUAGCGAGAGGACAAGGCUGGAGCCUUACUCACUUUACUUACUUAAUACUUAUCGCGUCAUAGCUUCUUCGUUUGUGGUUUCUCUGUUGAAUUAUUAUUUUACUCCUUCAUACUUAAAAGUUCAUGAACAGAUUGUUGAGUCUACAAGCACAUUUUCAACUAGACGAAAACAAGGACUACAAAAAUAUCACAAGGAUUUUUUCAUCGGAUAAAAGAGCUCCGACGAUCAGGAUGUCAACAAUGAAAGCCCUUCUUCUCAGCCGUCCCGAUGCCUCAAAACCACCAGUUCUUACGCUGGGAGAGGUUCCUAGACCUGAGCCACAAGAGGGAGAACUAUUGAUUCAAGUUCAUGCCUCUGCUAUCCACCCCUCCGACCUCCUCAACUCCACCGGCUCCUUCCCACUCCUCAGCAUCCCCCCAGGCGGGAACCGUAUCCCCGGCCGCGACUUCUCCGGCACAGUAAUCUCACCCUCUUCUCACCCACUCUACAACAAACCAGUGUUCGGCACCUCCGGCAACACACAAGGCUUCACCGUCUCCGGCGCGCACGCCGAGUUUCUUUCCGUACCCGAGAACGCCGUGGUUGAGAAACCGGAGAGCUUGUCCUGGGUGCAGGCUGCUACUGUGGGAGUGCCGUUUAGUACUGCGGGAUUGGUGUUGAGACGAGUUGGGUUGGGGGAGGUGAAGGAUGGGAAGGGAGGGAAAGAGAAGGAGGAGAGGGAGACGGUGUUGGUGCUUGGAGCGAAUGGUGCGGUUGGAGCGGCGGUUGUGCAGCUUGCGAGGGCGAGGGGUGCGAGAGUCCUGGAAGGAGUGAGGAGUGAUAAGGGGGAUGUGAAUACAGCUUCCGAUCCCUCACUCUCUACUCUCGAUACUCUAACCAACGGGAAAGGCGUCGAUAUCGUGAUCGAUACCGUCGGUAGUCCGGCGCUCACUUCAGCUGCAGUGAGUAAGCUCGCUCUGAGAGGGAGAGUGGUGUUCAUUGCUGCGCCCAGGGGAGGAGGAGCGGAUAGUGUUCUUGGGGUGAAGAUGACGGGUUUCUAUAGGAAGGAAGCGAGUUUGUUUGGGGUUAAUAGUUUGUUGUAUGGGGUUGGGGAGAUGGCGGGGUUGUUGGGGGAGAUGAGGGGGUUAUUUGAGAGGGGGGUAUUGAAGGGUACGGCGGAGGGGAGUUGGAAUGAGGUGCCGUUGGAGAAUGGGGUUGAGGCGUAUAAGUUGGCCGGGGAGAGGGGGAAGGGGAAGUUUGUGUUGGUUAUGCAGUAGUGGGUGACUGCGAGUUAAGGGAUGGAUCUGAAUCUGCAUUUACACUAUUUACUGGGUAUUGACAUUGAAGUUGCAUAGAACAAAAAAAAGCGAUAAUGACUUAGAGUCUUGCUUGUUUCCUGGUGCCCUCAUCUCCUCGGCUGGCACUUGCAAGUGAC